AUGUUCAGGACAUUGCUCACAGAAUCAAGAUGGCAUCCGAAACUAGUACGGGUAUUGUGUCAAAUGAACGAUGUGAUGUAAAUAACACGAUUCAGCAAGUAUUUGAACCAAUACAAACGGAAACAACUAGUUUAAAAGUGCCGAGAACAACGUGGAAUAGUGUUAUUAAAGAGACAAACGAUUUUUCGGACAAUCUCGCUUUACAUUCUACCAAGACGCCCACGAUUUUCUCUACAGCGUCAUCGUUUAACGCAAACACGGAAGAACAGGAAUUACAAAAAAAUAUAAAUUUCAUGAGCUCCUCUGGUGAUGUGCAAGAUCAUAAUACUUAUAAACCUACUGUCAACGCUAAAUUACAUAUAUCACCCGUGGAGACACACAAUAUGUCCAGCCAGAAGAAUGAUCUGGAUAGUAUUGCCUGUAUUUCUGAACAGCCAGACGGGAAUCCGGAUUAUUGCAACAAUGAAUUAAGAAAAACAUUGAUAGAACCAAUUCAACAUCCUGUCCAUGUCGAUUCAAUAUGUAACAAAGAUACAACUGUAUCUAGUGGGAUGCUCGCAUUGCCAACAAAAUUAGAAGGAUGUAUAAAUUUCGAACACAGUAACACGCCUCAAUUAGGGGAAAGUCCUCAGAGUAGCGGUGAAAUGAUUAGCAGUCCAAGAAGUCCAGAUUAUCCUCCAAGAGUUUCUGAUAGUCCGAAUACUCCUAACACAACGCUUCCCAGUAGUAUGGCGUCGCCAAUUACGAUUUCAACUAUCGUAAUGGAUACAGCAAAAUAUGACGCAGAGAAUACAAAUAAUUUAGCCGCUAAAAUGAAUAAAAAUCUGUCUUAUUCGUUUUGCGGACAAUUAGAAAAUACCGACGAACACGUUCCCGUUAAACAAAUAAAAUCAAACGAAGAAGAAAAGAUGGAUAAACAAACGGAUAUUAUUCACAGAGAAGUAAAAUCAGAGGUUGAAAUUAAAACAGAAUUGACUGAUACUCAAGAGCAAUUGAGUAUACUCAAAUCUGAGUGGUCUAGUGAUAAUAUACCUGUGACAAUAGGUGGACGUACAGAUACUGUAUUGUCCCAUGAUAAACCGAUAAACUGUGCUGACUCUACUUCCUCGAAUUCACAUUCUAAAUCGUACUCGUCGUCACGAGAGAAACGAAGCAAGGAACACAAUGAACGACGUUAUUGUUCGCGAUGUUACAAGCGAAGUAAAAUAAAACGAGCAAGUAUCGGUGUACAAUGUAAACGAGAUCGUAGUAUCGUUUCGUUAAGUAAUAAACCAAUGUCUCAACCAUUCUCAAAAUCUACAAACGAAAAUCUCAGGUUAAAUUUACAAACGAAAAAUUAUAAAAUGCUACACAAUGCACCGGUAAAAAAUGAAUUGUUAGAAGGCCUAAAGUAUAAAAAGUACAUUCAUAUAGAAACUUAUCCUAACGGCGGUGCCACUGUUGUACAUAUGUAUCAAGAUGAAAUUGAUACAUUAUCACGUGAACAAAUAGAAGAAUUAGCUCAAGAGUAUUUCAGAGUGGUUUUUGGUGAAGACGAAAACGGUUAUGCCCAUCACGUUAUGGGAAUAGUACAUAAUUCUGCCGCAUAUCUUCCUGAUCUUUUGGAUUACAUGGCUGAUAAUUAUCCUACGUUAACCGUUAAAAACGGUGUGUUAGGAAGAAACAGUGAUAUAGAAACUACAACAAUGAUUCAAUACAAGGAACAAGUUUGUAAAGCGUACAGUAAUGGUACUGUUAGGUACGGACCUCUCCACCAAAUAAGUCUCGUGGGUACUGUUCACGAAGAAGUUGGUGGAUAUUUUCCGGAUCUUCUGCAGAAGUUAGAAGAAAAUCCAUUUUUAAAACUGACUAUGCCUUGGGGACCACUGUCUGUUGUAAAGAUGGAUACUCCUCAAGAAUCAAACGACGGUCCAAUUCUAUGGAUUAGACCGGGUGAACAAUUAGUCCCAACAGCGGAUAUCAACAAAAGUCCAUGCAAGAGACGUAGAACAGGCAUUAACGAAUUACGAAAUCUACAGUAUUUACCACGUCUUAGCGAAGCACGUGAAUACAUGUUCGAGGAUCGUACAAAGGCACAUGCCGAUCAUGUAGGACAUGGAUUGGAUAGAAUGACGACAGCUGCGGUUGGCAUACUCAAGGCCGUUCAUGGUGGGCAACCAUCAGAGUAUAACAGAAUUACAAAAGACGUUGUGGCUUUCUAUGCUGCUGAUUUUCCUGAGCUAGUUGAGAAAUUGCAGCUAGACCUUCACGAACCGCCAAUAUCACAAUGUGUACAAUGGGUCGAGGAUGCUAAGUUGAAUCAAUUGCGUAGACAGGGUAUACGCUAUGCUAGAAUAAAUUUAUACGACAAUGACAUUUACUUUUUACCACGUAACAUAAUUCAUCAGUUUAGAACAGUUUCUGCUGUCUCGAGCAUAGCCUGGCAUGUCAGAUUAAAACAGUAUUACCCAGACUCGCAGCAUAAUUCAAGCGUUAGACAUGGACGUGUCGGGAACGAAUCGUCUCAUCGUAUAAAGGAUAAGAAACUUUUAGAGACUGCUAAUAUAGGGGACGAACAGAAGGAAAAUACAAAUCGUCAACGCGUGGAUUCGCUCGAAGAGAAGAAAGCGAAAGAAAGAGCAGCUGAGUAUCAAGGAAAUUUGAAGAAAUCAGAUCAUCACGGAAAACGUAAGGAGGAACGUAAAAGUAGAGAUCACUCGAGGCAUUCAUCGAUUUCGAGCAAGAGAAAGAAUUCGAGAGGGGGUAACGAUAAUUGUUCGAGUAUUUUUAAUAAUAAAUGUACUAAGAAUAAUACAGCAGAACAAAAAAGUAACGAGAAACGGAAUGACAAGAGAUCUGAUAGAAAACACGAAGAUCGUCGACGAUCAAAUGAAAAAUCCAAUCAUCAUUCUCACAGCAGUAGUAAUAGCAGUCAUUCCGGAGAGAAAAAGAAAUAUGAUUGUAAUAAUCAUCAUCGUAGUCAUCACGGUCGAUCAAGCAGUAAUAGCGCAUCGGUGAAAGAAAGCAUUUCAAAUGUUCUCGAAUCUAAGUCAAUAAAUAAAUACGACAUCUCGGGGUGUUCUUCGAAGGAUAGUAAAAAAUUGACUUCCUCGGAGCUUUGUUCAACGGAGCAUAAUAUUACCGACUGUGGCAGCACCGUUACCCUUGAGCAGGACGUAUUAGCUCAACGGCAAAUGAUCGCAAAAACGUAUGCAACAGAAGUAGUCGACAAGGCUUUAGAGAUUGCGAUAUAUAAGUCAAAAACUGACGUUGAAGAAGUAUGUCAGUCUCUGCGGAUUGGCGUCGCGGAGGCUUCGAAAGAGGUGCUAGAAAAAAUUCAUAAAGAAAGUUUUGAAAUUGCCGAACAAAAGUACAAAGAGGAUACGACAAAAGUAGAACGAUAUUGUCAAUUACUGGAGAUGGAAACCACGAUGGCUUUCACGUCAAAAAUGGAAUGCGCUACCGAAAAUGCGGUGAAAGCGCUUAUUGAAAUGGCUGAGGACGAAGCCAAGGAAAGAGCGAAAAAUGAAAAGGUAUGUAGAUCGACUACUGAUAAUUCCUGCGAGGAAGGUUCGAUACCGGUAUCAAAAAUUGCUAGUUCCUCUUCUUGUUCUUCGAUCAUAUCUACAUCGGCGUCAACAGAAACUGAAAGACACAGUAGUAGUAACGGGAGGAAUGGUAGUAGCGAUGAGAAUUCGUCGAAAUUUUCAUCGGAUGUACAUACGAUACAUUCAGAAUCUAAAAGAAAGCAUAGAAACGAUAAGAGUUCUCGAAAUCAACGGCAUAAAGACAAAAGGGAUCGAGAUAGACGCGAUAAAGAUCACAAAAGGCAUCAUUAUCGUAGCCCUCAGUCUAAUAAAUCCGAGAAUAAAACAGGAGAAAGUAGUAGUAGUAAUAGUAGUAGUAAAGGGAAUACUUUAAAAAUGAUUUCGCUACCCAGAGAUUAUAAUGUUUCUAAUAAAAGUGAUCGUGCAGAUAAUAAAGACAGUGAAAGGAAAUCUGAGAAAAGAAGAGACGGACAUCAUAGUCAUGGUAGCAGGGAUCGACAGAAGAAGUCGUCCGGUAAUCGGUCGGCUGAUUCGGCAUUGAGUCGUUCUCAUUCGUCGAGUUCGAAUCACAAAAGGAAGUCAAGUUCUUCUGACGAACGCAAAGAAUCGAAAAAAGUGUGUGUUGAAAAGGAUAUUGUUCCAGGAACAUCGGAGCAAAAUGCUCUUGGUACUACGUUAACUUUAAUGACAAUGGCAACGGUGGCUCAAUCGACGACGACGACGACGACUACGACUACAAGUACUGUCGUGUCAACGUGAAAAGGUGAACAUUAUUUUAAGCUGUAGUACAAUCUACUUGUUAGAUUAGACGUGGAAAGUCUGCACAGUUGAGCUUACAUGCUGACGGUCUCGAAUGUAUGGAUUCUAACUAAUGUGAGUAUAGUAAAUUUACAGAAAUAUGAGACGCGUAUCAAUUAAGGAUGUGCGGCCCGACUAGUCGGGUCGGAUCGGAAAACAUCGGGCG